AUGUUUCUUAAAGUGCAUACAGAUCGCCAGGCAAUGCCAAUUGAUUGUACAGAAUCGAUGGAGAUCACCCAUAAAUAUGAUACAUAUAAAACUCAAGAGAAUAAUCAUAAUUCUCAUCAUAGUCAAUUACAUAAACAUGUUGAAGAGAACAAAAAUACAUCAGACAUUUUGCGAAAUGAUCGUGCCGUUGACGAUCACUCCUUUAUAGCUGAUGGUUUUAAGGACCCUCCUGUGAGAAAAGAUCACAAGUGUGAUAGUUCUCGUAUGACUAGAGACGCGCAAAUUCAAACCUCGAACAAAAAGAAUUUGCGACGAAGAAAAAUUAAGAGAAAAUUGAAGCCGACCACCGAAAGAAUCUCUCAUCGCAAUCAUUGCGAUAACGAACCGCAAAUUGUCGCGAAUUUUCACGAUAGUUUACAUAGUUCAAGCAGAGAGGGCUAUCACCACGAACCAUGGCUUCGCGUUCGGGCUCUGGAGAACAAACGCGCCGAGUAUAUCAAUAAAUUCACGGCCGUGAAUAGGCAGAUAGAGGAGAUAACGGCAACGCUACGGGAAACCUGCUGCAGUGGCGAGAGUCCGCGAAGUAAUCUGGAGAACCGUGAUGAAUACUUUUCAUCAAUAUCCGACGACACGAAAGUAAAUUGGGGUGGCGUCGAAAACAAGUCGACGAUUGCGAGAGAAAAAAAUACGUCGAAAGAAAAAAAUGGUCUGGUAAACGUUAAAAAGAUCGUCGGAGAAUUGAAAAGUGACACAAGUAAAAAUGCGUCCGAGGUUUUGCACGUAGAUAGCCGCAAUAAUGAAACGGUCUUCUCUGCAAAGGAUAGUGUUUCUUUCUCGAGAAAUCCAAACGAUUCUUUCGAACGUGACAUUGUACCAGCAACGGAGACAGUUUAUUUUUCAAAUAGAAUUUCUAUACAGAACAAGACGAAGACGAAAUGUCAUUUUAACAAACAACUGUCACUCGAUCUAGAUGUUAUAAACAACGAGAACGAUGAGCUUCAGGAAUUGUCUAUUAAAAAUGAAUUCCUUGAUAAAGUUUAUCCAAAAAAUAAUUUUACAAUCUUAAAUAAUGACACGCACAAGAGAGAUUUAGCUGAAAAUCCUGCCGCUUUGAAAAAAUCGAGAUAUUACAUGAAGACCAUUGAGGAGAAGGUAGGCGACGUAGCUAUCCUGGAGGACAUUAAGAGAAGGAUCGACAGAGACUUCGAUGAUCCACCAGGCGAGAGGAGCGAAAACGACACGGAGGAGUUUAUCACCGUUUCUCAGAGAAACAGUAAUCUUGAUCAUCACGUCAUCGGUGUGUCCUCAAUGACGAUAAUUGAGAAAUCCAAAUCCACGCCGUUGAUCGUCGCGACGAAUCUCGAGCCGACAGAGACACAAAUUCACGGCUCGAUGUCAGUUGAUGCUAUAAGCGAGUGCUCGAACAAGAAUUCUGCCCUUUCCAAGUACUUCUCCUGCACGCAAAUUCCGAGCCAGGUGUCGUUAAUGGAGAACAAGGACGAGCUCGCUGUCAAGGCUGUGGAUUGUAGCGUGAUUGAAUCGUAUUCAAAUCUACAUUCGAAUUACCAUUAUUACGAUUCGCGUUCGAACUUCAGUCUGAAUAAUUAUUCGCUUUCGAACUUAGACCCCAGUCUCGAUUGUUCGCUUUCCAGCUUCGACUAUAUCUCGCGUUACGAUUCAUCCGUGCAGUACGCCACUCCAAAUAAAUCUUUAAUUGAUAUGGAGAAUGGAGAGAAAGAAUGGCGAGCUGGGAAACGGUAUACGGCCGAUUCCACGUUUGAGACGUCGAAGUCGUCGAGAUACAUCGGUUCGAUAGACUCGGGCGUAUUCAGCUCAUCUUUAAUCGAUCUUUAUCCCGCCGAGAGGUCCUUUCAUGCCGGCAAAUCGACAUUUGAAAAGAAACGCCGCGAUGGGAAACUCGAUAGAGCAUCGACUGCCGUUGAUUCCGGCUCGGAUAGUAGUUAUACCAACGACACGCUCGAUCGGAAGGUGAAUGACGUCGUGAGAGACCUUACGAAGAAUUUGAUACUUUGCGAGAGGAGGGCGAAAAUAAAACUGAGAGCGAGAAACACGCGUUACUCUCAAGACGUCCUGUCGCACGCUUACAAUUUUAGCAGAAAUCUCUACGACACUUGCGGCGACUUCUUCAACUCAUCUCUGUCAUCCAGCGAAGACGAAAGAAUCGUCAGUAUCUCCACGCCGUCACUCUUGUCGUUAUCGGAUUCCGAAAUUGAAGAUUUUGAAUCAAGAUGUCAACGUGUCUGUCGUUCAAAUUCAAUUCAGAUAUGA